CUUUUUAUGACCUUUCGGGACUCUAGUGAAUACUGAAGUCCCAUCUCCAGAAAAGGGCCAUGCGCUCUGGCUCACGGCGGCGUCUGGAAUCCCACUGCGGAGCCAAGGGGAGGGAGUAUUUUUUGCAAAGCUCCGGAGCCCUCGAGGGCCUCCCCUCUCUCUCGGGGCGGGGUGGAGGAGGCGGCGCUGGGGGCCUUCUUAUCUCGGGAGCCAGCUCCGGCUCUCUGGCGUGGGGCCCCUCAGUCCGGGCUCCCUGCCAUGGGGUCUGUGUUCCCCCUGUCGCUGCUGCUUUUGUCAGCGGCCGCGUACUGGGGCAGCGGGACCGUACCGGGGCGCCGGGCUAGGCGGGCGCAAGGUCCCCGGGAAAGCCCUCCCGCGCCGUCGGGGACCUCGGCGUCAUUCUGGGUGCGCAUAAGCCCGCAGUCGGUGGCCGUGCGGCCGGGGGUCUCGGUGUGGCUCAACUGCAGCCACAGCUGCCCGCUGCCGCCCAACUCCAGCCUCCACACCCAGCUGCGGCGGGGCCCGACGCUCAGCGGCCCGGGUUGGGUAUCUUACCAGCUGCUCGACGUGAGGGCCUGGAGCUCCGACGUGCGCUGCUUCGUCACCUGCGCGGGAGAAACGCGCGGGGCCACCGCCAGGAUCGCCACCUACAAAGCGCCGCACAGCGUCGUGCUGGAGCCUCCCGUCUUAGAGGGUGGCAUGUACACUCUGCGCUGUCACGUGACGCGCGUGUUCCCCGUGGGCUUCUUGGUGGUGACCCUGAGGUGCGGCGGCCGGGUCAUCUAUUCUGAAAGCCUGGAGCGCUUCACUGGCCUGGAUCCGGCCAACGUGACGCUGACCCACGCGUUCCCCGCGGGACUCCGCGACUUCGGGCAGCCCGUGACCUGCCUCGCGUGCCUCAGUCUCGACGGGCUGGUGGUCGGCAGCAGCUCGGCACCCAUUACGCUGACGCUCGCUUGGAGCCCCGCGUCCGAAGCCUUGGCCUUCACUUCCGUCGCAGUCCUUGUGGUCAUCCUUGUCGCCGUGGGGGCUGCCUACCUGCGCAGGUGCCUAGCGAUGCGGUCUCGGCGUAGAGGGGGAGUUCUGUGCCGGCUGAGCGGGGGAAAAGAAGAAUCUGGAACGAUGCGGGGAACCCUCCCGGAUCAAUAAAGCCUUCCUCAGCCA